CUAAACACUCUAAUGAUGUAGAAAUUUUCCUAUAGUAAUAGUCUUACUCAUAGAUAGCAGAUAUUUUGUUGGAACCUCUCUGUUACCAAAAGUGUAAAAGGUAGUAAUCUAUAGGGUAAGUUUUCUCGUGAUCCAUCCAUCCAUUUUACAUACCUACACGACUUUUCUUUAUUUUCUCAUUCUCAACCUUACACUUAUUUUCGCUCCAUUUUAACUCCUCAGUUCUCUGUUUUCGCUCCAUUUUACACUAUGGCUUCAACUCCCACUUCCUCUCUCUUUUCAAUCCCAAUCAACCCAAACCAUGUUCUUAAGCCAAAACGUUUCAUCUUCCAACCCAAUUUACCUUUCUUUAAAUCUCUCAAACCCAAACUCCCACUUUCCUGCUCCGCGGUUGCUUUCCCUGGAACCGCGGAGCUGGUAGUUCCUUCCAAGCUUCGAAACUUGGAAGAGGAGUUCCGAUCAUUACAAGAACCGGUUGAUCGGGUGAAGAGACUCUUACACUAUGCAGGACUGACACCUUCUAUGGAUGAGUCGGUUCGGGUUGACAAAAACCGGGUUAUGGGUUGUACUGCUAGAGUGUGGGUUGAAGUGAAGAUCGACGGUGAAGGGAAGGUGAGAUUAACGGCUGAUAGUGAUUCGGAAAUUACAAAAGGGUUUUGUUCGUGUUUGGUUUGGGUUCUUGAUGGGUCUGAACCGGAAGAGGUUUUGAAAGUGAGAACCGAUGAUUUGGUGGGUCUAAAUGUUGGUUUACCAGGAACGGGUCGUUCUAGGGUGAACACGUGGCAUAAUGUUCUUGUUACUAUGCAAAAAAAGACGAAACAAUUGGUUGCUGAGAGAGAAGGGAAGGUUCUGUUUGAACCUUUUCCUUCUUUAAUUGUUACUGCUGAUGGUCUUGUUCCUAAGGGUAGUUACGCUGAAGCUCAGGCAACAUACUUGUUCCCUAAUGAAUCAAAAGUCAAUGAACUAGUCAAUGUGCUGAAGGAGAAGAAAAUUGGUGUAGUUGCACAUUUUUACAUGGAUCCUGAAGUCCAAGGCGUUUUAACCACUGCUCAGAAGCAGUGGCCUCAUAUUCAUAUAUCUGAUUCACUGGUCAUGGCAGAUUCAGCAGUCAAAAUGGCAAAAGCCGGAUGCAAAUUCAUAACAGUGCUAGGUGUGGACUUUAUGUCAGAAAAUGUGCGUGCAAUCCUCGAUCAAGCUGGUUUCAACGAGGUUGGUGUGUAUAGGAUGUCGGAUGAGCGUAUUGGCUGUUCUCUGGCUGAUGCUGCAGCUACCUCUACUUAUAUGGAGUAUCUUGAGCCAGCUUCUAGGUCUACUUCUUUGCAUGUCAUAUACAUUAACACUAAGUUAGAGACAAAGGCAUAUGCUCAUGAGCUUGUGCCAACAAUAACCUGUACUUCAUCAAAUGUCAUCCAAACUAUUCUACAGGCAUUUGCUCAAGUGCCAGAUUUGACCUUAUGGUAUGGGCCUGAUUCUUACAUGGGUGCAAAUAUCGUAGAAUUGUUCCAACAGAUGACAGUAAUGACUGAUGAAGAGGUUUCUGCGAUACAUCCUGAGCAUAAUGUAGACUCUAUUAAAAAAUUACUACCUCGGCUUUACUAUUAUCAGGAUGGAACAUGCAUCGUUCAUCAUCUAUUUGGUCAUGAAGUUGUGGAGAAGAUAAAAGAAAUGUAUUGUGAUGCAUUCCUUACUGCCCAUCUUGAGGUACCUGGAGAGAUGUUUUCAUUGGCAAUGGAAGCAAAAAGAAGAAGCAUGGGAGUAGUAGGCUCGACCCAGAAUAUUUUGGAUUUCAUAAAAGACAGGGUUAAGGAAUCUUUGGAUAGAAACAUCGAUGAUCAUCUCCAAUUUGUUUUAGGAACAGAAUCUGGGAUGGUGACUGCAAUUGUGGCAGCGGUUCGAAGUUUGUUAGAGCCUGCAAAGUCAUCUUCUCAAGGAGCAAACGUUACUGUUGAAAUAGUCUUUCCAGUUUCAUCAGAAUCAAUCUCGACCCCGAGUCUUAACUCAGUUGAAGUUGGUGAUAUCAUACUUCCUGUUGUACCCGGAGUAGCUAGCGGGGAGGGUUGUUCCAUUCACGGAGGUUGUGCAUCUUGUCCAUACAUGAAGAUGAAUUCUCUUAGCUCACUCCUUACAAUUUCCCGUCACCUACCUGAUGAAGAAAAUACGCUGUCUGCAUACAAAGCAGAGCGGUUUAAGUUGCAGACUCCAAAUGGCCAAUCUGUGGCCGAUGUAGGAUGCGAACCAAUUUUGCACAUGAGGAACUUCCAGGCAACUAAAAAGCUUCCGGAUAAGUUGGUUGAUCAGAUUCUCCACACCAAAGACAAAGGAGUGUCGGUGUGAUAAACUAUGCUGGUUGAUCAGAUUCUUCAUCCCAGAGAAGCUGGUUGAUUUGAAUGUUCGAGAGAAAUAAUGUUAUAUACUGCUGCUCUAAUGUCAGCAGUUCCGAGUUGCAACAAACGCUACGUAAUAGUUGCCACGGCUAGAUUUUAUUGUACGGUAGUUUUUCUUAGUGUAGGAAACUUGGAAUAUUACUACUAAAUAUUAUCACAAAACAAAGUUCGGUAUCAUAUAUAGAGAAAUGAAUGAAAUAGUAGCAUAUUGGGAUUAUACCUA